AUCACCCCCCACAGCACGGUCAGGGAAGCUGAGGUCCCUGUCUUUUCUCUGUCCGGCCGCCGCCACCUCUGCAGCAGCGUGAAUUCAUGAUCACAUGACCGUGGAUAUGGACGCAGUCCUGUCCGACUUUGUCCGCUCCACUGGGGCAGAACCGGGUCUGGCCAGAGACCUGCUGGAAGGGAAAAACUGGGAUCUCACGGCUGCUCUGAGCGACUUCGAGCAGCUGCGGCAGGUGCAUGCUGGGAACCUGUCGUACCCAUUUGGAGACGAGAGGGACUCCCACCCCCCCGAGAAGGAAGUGGCCAAAGUGGGUCGGCCCCUUCUGCACCGGCAGGAUGACGUGAUCCAAGAAAAGCGCCUUUCCAGAGGCAUCUCCCACGCCAGCUCCUCCAUCGUGUCCUUGGCUCGCUCUCACGUCUCCAGCGUAGGGGGCAGCAGCGAGCCGCUGCUGGACACUCCGCUCUGCACCUUCCAGCUGCCCGACCUCACCGUCUAUCGCGACGACUUCCGCAGCUUCAUCGAGAGAGACCUCAUCGAGCAGUCUAUGAUGGUGGCUCUGGAGCAUGCAGGCCGUCUGAACUGGUGGACGCGGGUGGGAGCCAGCUGUCAGAGCCUGUUGCCCUUGGCGACGAGCGGGGAUGGAAACUGCCUGCUGCACGCGGCCUCUCUGGGAAUGUGGGGUUUUCAUGACCGUGACUUAAUGCUUCGUAAGUCACUGUAUGCUCUCAUGGACCACGGGCAGGAACGGGAAGCUCUGCGACGGCGCUGGAGGUGGCAACAGACCCAGCAGAACAAAGAGUCGGGUCUGGUCUACACGGAGGACGAGUGGCAGAAGGAGUGGAACGAACUGCUAAAGCUGGCAUCCAGCGAGCCCAGGAUACACUACAGCACCAACAGCAGCAACGGCGGCACCGGGCUGGAGACGGCGGAGGAGCCCGUGUACGAGAGCCUGGAGGAGUUUCACGUCUUCGUGCUGGCUCACGUGCUGCGCCGGGCCAUAGUGGUGGUGGCCGACACCAUGCUGAGGGACUCCGGGGGGGAGGCCUUCGCACCCAUCCCAUUCGGGGGCAUCUACCUGCCCCUUGAAGUGCCCGCCGUCAAGUGCCAUCGCUCCCCGCUGGUGCUGGCCUACGACCAGGCUCACUUCUCCGCCCUGGUGUCCAUGGAGCAGCAGGAUAGCACCAAAGACCAAGCUGUGAUCCCCCUGACUGACUCGGAGCACAAGAUGCUGCCCAUCCAUUUCGCCGUGGACCCGGGGAGAGACUGGGAGUGGGGCAAGGAUGACACUGACAAUGUGAAACUGGCCAGCUGCCUCCCCCACCCUCACAGCGUCACGCUCUCUCUGGAGGCGAAGCUCUACCUGCUGCACAGCUACAUGACCGUCACCUGGCUGCCUCUUCCAUGUGACACACAGGCACCCUUGGCACAGCCAGAGUCCCCCUCGGCCUCCACGGGAGAAGACGCCCGCACACCCCCAGACUCGGGAGAGUCCGACAAGGAAUCCGUCUGCAGCAGCUCCAACGGGGUGGGCACUGGGGCUGGGGGUGGCGGGGGCAGCGGUAGUGCAGCUUCGAAGACAGGCGGGGGCUCGUCCAGCUCGUCCAGCUCCUCCUCUAGCUCGUCCAGCUCGGGGGGGACAGGCACGAGUGGUAAGGAGAAGGACAAAGAGAAGGGCAGCAAGGACAAAGACAAGGACAAGAAGCGGGCCGAUUCCGUGGCCAACAAGCUGGGCAGCUUCGGCAAGAGCCUAGGCAGCAAGUUGAAGAGGAACGUGGGCGGGCUCAUGACCAGCAAGGUGGGUGGAGCUGGGGGCGGAGCCAAGCAAGGAGGGGAGGGCCAAGAGAAGAAAAAGAAGGGCUCCUUAAAGGUACGCAAGGGCAGCAAGGAUGGUUCGCCGCUCGGCCCACCAGGGAGCGGGGAUUCUGGCAAGGGUUCCCCAUCUUCGGGCAGCGAGCGGCAGAACGGCGGCGGCACGGCGGAGCCCUACAAGUAUGGCACGGACGUGAAGCUGAGCCUGAGCAUCCUGCGUGCCGCCAUGCAGGGCGAGAGGAAGUUCAUCUUCGCCGCCAUGCUCACCACCAGCAACCGGCAGCCUUUCCAGGAGGAGAUGAUCCAGCGCUACCUGGUGGAUGCCGAGGAGCGGUUCCGCACAGAGCAGGAACAGCGGCGGGAGGCGGAGCGCAAGGCCAGCAUGGGGCAGCCGCCGUCCAAUGGGACACCCGUUAAGAAAGACGCGCCAGACCUGGGUUACCGUGGGUACGAGCCCAAAGAGGACCCAGCUGAUACGCUGCUGACCCCCUCCUUCACCUACUUGAAGCCGUCGGCCUUUCCUCCCUCCCCCUUCACGAUCCCCCGGCCCUCGCUAAUCGAACCUGCUCCCGGCUUGCUGACAUCACACAUACAGCCGCCCACCUACCUGGAGUCCCGGCGGCAGCUGGCCGGCGGUUCCCCAGCAUCCUACCCCGGCCUGCCGUCGUACGCUACCCUCCCCCGACACUGCCCCCUGUCACAGGACCCGCCCAGCGCCUUGCCCUCCGUAGCCAGCCCCUCCCACAGUGGUCGGAGCUUCUCCCCCUACCCGUCCGAACGGGACACCAUCGACUUCCUGGCGGAGUCCACGUGUGACGCCGGGGGCCUGGUCUACGGGGGCAGGUUCCGGGACGCCCGGUUGGGUUCGGAUGGCCGGUGUGUGCCACCACCCGUGCGCCACUACUCCCUGGGCAGUGCGGGCGGCCUGGCGAGCUUACAGCCCACUAAGUGCAAAUCUCCCAACUGCAACUUCUACGGGCACCCAGAGACGAGCCACUACUGCUCCUACUGCUACCGGGAGGAGCUGAAGAGGAGAGAGGCAGAAAUCCACCGCUUCUGAGCAGACUUGGCACUCCCUGCAUCGGCUCCUCCCCCUCCCCAUCUGGAGCCCUUUUUUGCUUUUUAUCUACCCAGGAUCCUUCUGUGCAGCCUCUUUAAGAGAAUGCAAUAAUGAUGUAAUAAAUCCCUCCAUUCUCAUUGGGUGGAACUUCGGGCCAGUCGCAGCUGGAAGAUGCUAUCCCUCUUGCUGCACACCUUCCCGUCUGAUUUUUGCAUCUGAUGGCUUCUCAGGGUGUGACCCUGGGCCCUAUCCUACCUGCACUCCUGUACAAUGGCUCAAGUCCUCUUUAAGAUGAGUCUUUUCAAAGUCAGCUGCUUAUCUGUGCUCUGCACAGUUCUUAACUAAGCCAGCUUCUGACAUUUCACCCGCAAGCUACCCUCUCUGUCUUUGUGUGUGUGUGUGUGUGUGUGUGUGUGUGUGCGUGUGUGUGUGUGUCUGUGUUUCUUGUUUCUCCUACAGAACCAAAUGGCAACUGUCUAGGAUUUUCUAACACAUCUCGUGGGCUCCACCUAGUGGAGAGAAAAAAGAAAAUGAUCAGCGUACCCACACCCAAACCAAAAUGGCAGACUUAAUUUCCUUCCCAUAUUCAUCAGUGUAUCAUGUUUUUCCAUAUGAUACUGUUACAGUGGUCGAGAUGGGCUGGCGUUCAUACUGAUUUCAUUUCAUUUUGAUAUCUGACAUUCGAAAGGUAUAUCUUGAGGUCUUUAUAAAGAUUUCCUGAUAAAUAUGCAAAUGAAAUAUGCCCAAUAAUUCAAUCUAAGGCCACUCAGGUGCUUCGGUUUCACCAGGCACGAUUCCCCAGUGUGCUGCUAUUACCUUUGAACACAUUUCUUCCUGAGCAGGAUGCACUUUGAUGACACGGUUUGCCCAGCCUCCCAACUCAGACACGUGCCCUGAGCUGCAGCCUCGGUCCACAUGCUGAGACCCUUCAUUUCAGGCACUGCUGACAAUGUCACCUUCAGUCCUGGUCAUUCACUCAGUUGUUGGUCCUGGUCCUGGUCCUGGUCCUGAUUUGCCAAAAAUGUAUUUUUAUUUCCCAAACUAAUCUGUUUCUAUAUUUUAUACCUACAUUUAUUACAUUUUAAUUUUUUUGCAUCUAAACAACUGAAUAGCAUUUUGUUGGUUUGUGCAGGCUCCAGGAAUUUAGAACUUGAAUUUGCACAAUGUUUUUACUUUGUACUGUUGGUGGGCAAUGCAGUGAGGUGUGUUCAUCUGUCUGGGGUUUACUUUCCUUUAGUACUUGGGGUACAACUGUGGCUUUGUUGAAGACCUGCAUGGGAAAGAUGGUUCUUUACUGGAGAUUUGCUACUUUUUAAAUUGUGGAGAGGAUUGUACUUAGUCUUGUUAAGAUUCGAUUUUUUUUUUUUUUUUUUUUUUGUGCUGUCCUGUAAAUUGUUUUUGUUAAAACACGUCUUGAACAAAUUUUCGCUUUGAACUUCAGAAUACUGAUUGGAUCUUAAAAUUCGACAUGGUUGUAACGUGACAUUUCUGAUGAUGUCUGUAGAAAAGUCUAUCCAGACCAACCUAUGGCGCGGUUUGCAAUCACUUUAUCCAUAUCCGUUAUACUGACAACAGUCAUGUAAAACAUCUCUUCUGUAUUCUGCAUAUAGACUUAAUGUAGACACUAAUUCUAAACAGAUUUAAGCAGUUUUUCAUGGACUGUGUGACAAGUGCCGUUUGUCAUACCUGUACAUGCUGGUCAGUGCACAACUGGGUCAAAUUCCUGGCAAAGCAAAGGGUGUCAGAUUUACUUAAUAGGUCAGCAGCCUCAUGGUUAUGUAAUCCUAAUCCCUAUUGGAUGCCAGUGAUGUAAUCUGUGGCUCUGUGUUUACAGCACCACUGUGCUGGAGAGUCAUAGUAUUUCAGUGCAGUGCAGCAAUGGUUGAGAGGGUGGUCAAAUUAGGGGGAAAGGGCAGACUUGUUUGCAGGAUGUGUUUAAAGUAUAGUAUGGAACUUGACCUAGAAUCUGCAUCUGCACUUCCAUGAAUGACCACUGGGAGACGCUUGCCGGUUUUUUGUCCCCCCAGACGUUUCAGCUGUUGAUGUGAGAAGAGUCCACUUGCUGUACCCUGAUGGCUCUGAGGAGUUUUCUGAUCAGGCUGAUGUUUCAUCGACCCAACAGUGUGCAUUGCCUGUCAUUCAGAGGACAUGCAGUACAUGGUAGACGGCUCUCGGUUGAGUAUAGUUAGGGAGACACACGAUUCAGGAACAGAUAUACAGGUGUGGUGCAGGCAGAGAGCCUCACGUUCACUGUAGUGUGUGUGUGUGUGUGUGUGUGUGUGUGUGCACGUGCAUGCGUGCUUGAGAUGUCCAUUCAGAAGCUUCUCAUGACAGAAGAACCAUAGGGAUGUGAGCUUCACAUUUAUGGGACUUCUGCUCCCAGAUCCUGAUUUAUUUUUUUUUCCCUUUACCUUCGAAGCCAGUUAAAGAGCAGAAGACUGAGGCCUGGAUUUUUUAUAAUCUGGGGAAAUAAGUGGAGUUUGCUGAUUGACCCAGUUUUACAUGGGGGGUUGUGAAUUCGGCUACUGGUAAAUCUGUUAUUAAAGUGCUUAAAGGGCCUUGGGGGAUGGGGGAGGGUUGGCAUAGAAACCCAAAGAAAACUUUUAUUGCAAAUCAAGUGACUUAAGGUGUAGUGUGGUUGAAAGAUUAUAUUUUCUUAAAGUAAAAUAUGUAAUGCUGUUGAACAAGUGUGGAUAUUUUCUGGUACAUCAAAAUAUGCAUAUUAUGAACUACAUAUUGCAAAUUACUGAAUAAUGUGUGUACAAGCAGAUCCUUCUGUACAAAAAAAGGUUUAAAUUGUCAAAAAUUCAAGUGACAACAAACAUCAUAUUAUAAUAAGUGAAAGUGUGACACAACAAUGCUGCCAGCAUAGAUUUCUAUGGUAAAUUUAAAGCACAAAAUUUGGUUCUAUUUAAAUAUGCAGUUCAUUACUUUGUUCAAUAGAUGGCAGUUUUGCAUGGUUGUAAUAGUGUGAUUAGAGCUGACCAGACGUCCUGAGGAAUUCUGUACAUUGCUGUGUUUUUACUUUUAAAAUUUUUUAUUCUGUUGAUGAAGUCCUUUUGGGAUAUUAACCCCCGGUCAUGCAAGAAAGAAUAUAAUAAAUGAUUAAUUAUCUGGUAAUUUAUAAUAAAAGUGCCCCUUAAAAUGCAAUUAUUCCAGUUUUCCUCAGAAUUGACAUUGUAUGUAAGAUGACUUUAAAAAAAAAAAAAAAAAGUAACCCAACUGUAAUUCCAAGAGUGUUUUGUGUGUGUGAGUGUUUGAGUCAGAUGUGCAACAUCUAUUCAGUACAGAAACGUUAUGAGGGUUUUGGAGAUGUGAGGGUUCCGGGCAGAAGAAGCACAAGGGCUCAGUGUGUGACUUAAGUUAUUAAAAAUGUAUUUUAUUCUUGUACAUUUGUUGUUUCUCACUACAUCUAACAGCAACUUCUCUGUUUAUUUAAAGAACCAAGAAAUUGAAAUUCUGUUUCAGUGCUUUGGACUUAAACGAUAUUUCUAACCUUUUUUUGUAAUUUUAAGAGGAGGAGGGAAGCUGUACAAAUCUGUAUCUUCAAGUUAUUUUUUUAAAUGACAAAGUUUUUCAAUGUUUUUAAAGAUUGAAUAGAAUGUAUAUUGUUGGACAUUUAAAAAGGACAAAAAAUAAGCUUGUGUUUUAAUAGCUUGGACUUGAAGUGAAAGCAAGUAUUUGGGAUGGACUCUGGCUUUUAAAUAAGUCUAACAGAAGACUCUUCAACACAAAUGUUUUCAGUGAACAAACUCCUUUGCUCAUCAAUAAUCUGACAGGCUGAACUGGUAUGAGAGUAUAUAUAUUUAUAGUAAGAUUUUUUCCACAGUUUCAGUUUUAGUUCAUACAAUGUGGGUGUUCUUUCCUGUGCGGCUCAUUGUCAAACUGACCUCUCGUGUCUAUUUUCAUCCCCGUUUAUUUUUCAAGCACAUUUUAAAUCUACUCACCACUUUAAUUGUUAAAUGUGAUGUUAAAACAUGCCAUGUCAGUAGUGAUUAUCAUAGGAAUUAACAAUGGCCAUUCUGAACAGGCAGUGUCGCAAUAUAUAUAAUUAUAUAUAUUUUUGGCUGAUAGCUUCAUCAGACUUGAAAAUGCUGAAUUUGAAUAGCAGAUUACAAGACCAUUGAGCCCUUAAUGUUGAUUGUACUAGCAAUAAAGCUUCGAAAUAUCUACCUGUUAGUGUUUAAUAACUUUCUUGUCCUGAUAGAGGUUUGAACUGUGAGGCAAUGCUGCCCGAGGGGAGAGAACACCCAGUUUACGUCCUCAAAGUGUUUUGCACCGUUUGAAUAAAUUCUCAUUUUAUUUCA